CUUGUGGGUCCUCACAACCCCCUGAAAAUGUCGACGAAAGCCAAGGCAUCUUAGUUGCAGUCCAGGGGCAGAUAGCUCUACUAUUGAAUAUGGAUUAUGGAUUCUUGCGAUACCAUGAUCUCCUAGAGUCCUCAGAUUCGCGAUUCCGAAGGGACCUGAAAAAAAAGGAUGUGGAUUAUAAAUCGUUCUCUGAAGACCUGAUUUGGUCGGGAGAUCGCGAACGCAUGGCACUUUAGGUAGUAUAAAUUAGGAGGUCCUCGAGUUCGGAAUAACCACUUAUUUCCAUUCAAUAUCCAAAGUUCGUUCGCGGGUUAAGGGCUCUUGAAACCGGAAUUCCUUCACUAGCUUUCAGUCAUAAUGGCAAACUCUGUUGUACUCAUUCUCGGAGUCGGUCCAAGGAUCGGUGCAUCUGUCGCUGCGAAAUUCACCAGUAAUGGCUACAAAAUUGCCGUCGCAUCUAGAAAGGGAAGCAACACUAAGACCUCCGAAGGGUAUCUCUCCCUCAAGGCCGACUUCGCCAAACCCGACUCAAUCCCAGCGUUGUUUGACACCGUCAAGGCUGAAUUCCAGACCUUUCCUAGCGUCGUCAUCUACAAUGCAGCAGCCCUUACUGGCCCUCCCAACAAGGAUUCCCCAUUCUCGAUCUCGGCGGAGAGUGUUGCGUCAGACUUGAACGUCAACACCAUUAGCCCUUACGUCGCAGCGCAACAGGCUGUCAAGGGGUGGGAGAUGCUACCCAAUGAGAUCAAAAAGACGUUCAUAUACACCGGUAAUAUUAUGAAUGUGACAAUCGUUCCCAUGUCACUAAUGAUGGAUCUGGGUAUGGGAAAGUCGGCUUCCGCUUUUUGGAUUGGCCUCGCCGAUAUGAUGUACUCUACUCAGGGAUGUCGGUUUUUCUAUGCCGAUGAGCGCCACGAAGAUGGCAAAUUCAAGGGGAUGGCACUUGACGGCGCUGCGCAUGGCGAGUUCUACGCGCAAUUGGCGAACCAUAAAGGAAAUGUGCCAUGGCAUGCCACGUUCGUGAAGAACAAGGGUUAUGUCCAGUUUAAGUAAGAGCUGCGAUAACAAUAUGAGUGUUUGGUAAUUGGAAGCACCCAGGUAGAUAGGCGGUACAAUUACCAAGGCAAUUACAA